GUUUGUCAAGAUUCAACGCGGUCGUCCGUUAUAUUUUGUUCUGGGAAACUGAGGCUUUUUUCACGGCGUUGUACAAAGUUGGAGGUGAUUGCCAGCACUACCGCACCGUAACAGCUCAACAUGGCCAUUACCCGUUCACUUCAAGUCCUGUUCGUUCUUCAAACGGUGGUUUUAUUCGCAUUGAUCAUGUAUUGGUCCCGCAAGUGCGAUCCAUGUGUAAUUCAUAAGACUGCAAUGAUAAACCAAGCUACGGGCAAUGUAUACAGCAAGGCAACCAACGUCCCGUUUGCAAGGGCUGAUGAGCGUGGACGAUUAUCGAAUUGCACACUUCAUGACAUCCUACAGCGACCCGGUGUGGUAAUGUUGACAACAACCAACCUGGGCUUCCUAGACAUGACCAUGAACAUGUUGGCAAGUGUCCGUAGGGUGGGCAUUUGUGUCAAUACAACUAUCAUUGCUGAGGAUGAGAAAGUAUACCAAUAUCUGCACAAAAAAGCUCAAGGUGACCCAGCGGUGCAUGUAGUGGAAACCAACUCUGGUCUCAUGCCAAGUAGUGAACUGCGACGCUACAAAAACAGAAGUUAUUUAGACCUAACGAACAAACGCCAGGGGUAUUAUUUUAGUCUGUUGGAACUAGGCUUUGAGAUUCUUUUCACAGAUUCUGACACCUUUUGGUUCCGAGAUCCAUUUCCGUUCUUCCAGGGAGACUUCGAUAUGUCUAUGCUGGACCCGAGAUCACCUUAUCCGAUUCGCACCUCAAAAUCACAUUUCUGCUCCGGUUUUAUUUACAUGAAGCCAACCAACGUGACACUCCUGUUUGUUAAAGAGUGGAUUCAGUCUCUAAAAAAGAAGCGUAUUAUGGAUCAGAUAAUGAUGAACAUGCUAUUGCAAGAUGAUAAACCCGUGCAUGUCAACAUCAAACCACUCGACAUUAAACUUUUCCCAACCGGGCCUCCUUUUUACGAUUUCUUGGCGAAGAACGCCAGCUACUCAGCUGUUGUGAUGCACGCCGCCAGUAUCCAUGGACACGAUGAAAAAGUACGAAAAUUCAAAAGCUCCAAUAUGUGGUUGGUCAAUGCAAGCAGUGACGAGUUGGUUGCCCGUGAGCAAUAUAAUAAUUAAUUUUUUGAACUAAUAACAUUUUAAGGAGAUGGUAACUUUUAGACUAUUUUUUUUAGACACGUUGCUCACAUUUUCGGCCUAAGCAUUCAUAAAGUCGUGUCAUUAAAUAGACUGUUUUCCCACUAAAAUACACGAUGGCAACCUUGUUUAACUGCAAAAUGCUUUCGAAUAUUUGUUCCUUUUUUACGUAUGCACAAAAUUCUUGAGUGGGACUGAAUCCAAAGAUUACGACAUUAACUUUACGAGUAACGUACUUCGUCUUUGGUUGUAUUCUCCCCCUGCGCUUUGUUUCUUUUGGCAAAAGGCGCUAUAUAAAUACAGUUAGAACUACUAAAUCAGAUAAACGGCCAACAGAUUUUUUUCUAAUCGCGUCUGCAUUAGGGCGACACACGUUAUUGGGGCGACAAAGUGGUGUCGCCCUAUUGUUAAAACGACCCUUAGGACAAGCAAUAUCGUCACGAACUAUCUAGAUCGAUUCCUCGUGGUCCAAAACAUACCUAUACCUAGGCAGGAUAAACUUGGCCUACGUGACAUUUUAGGUUUGUACACAAGCCUUUGGGAAAGUCGCCCUAUUAUAGCAGUAGUAAAUAAUAAUAUUAUUAUUAGAAUUAGUAUUAUGAUGUACUGAGUGUCAUCAGCAUAGAUAUAAUGACAGAGACCGUGGCGGCGGAUGACGUCACCCGUUGGUAUCACAUUGAACAGGAGUUGGCUAAGCACAAAGCUUUAGGGAACACCAAACUGUAACGGGUAAGAGACACUCGCUGCUAAGACGGUGACCCUCUGUGAUUUUCAGAAGAGCUGGAAAUCUUGACUUUCUGGUGGCACCCACCUUUUCUCUGUAUUUGCGAAGGGUGAUAAUAUUCUUGUCACUUUUAGGGAUCCCGAUGAUUUAGCAAAGGAAACAUUAAACUUUUGAAAUGUACAUAUUUUAUAAAGCGACUUUUUAUGUAACAUUUGGAUUAUCUUUGGUGAUUAUAAAUGAUGUUACUGUUGAAUUGUUUUCUACGUACAA